AUGAAAAAAAAAAAAAGGAGCGGGAAAAAAAGAAAGAAAGAUGUUUUUGCCUUUUAUUUUUAUUUUUAUUUUAUUUUUUUACGCUUCUCUCUCUUUUUCUCUUCUUUCAGGAAAAACAAAAAGGAGAAGUUUACUGGACGGUCGCCGGCAAUAUUAGGAGGAGGCCCAAUGCGUCGGUUGUUUCGUGUGGUGGGCACCAGGUGCGACAUGCGGUGUGCGUUCAGCUUCCUCUCACUUAUAAACACCCAGACGGCGCUGCAGAACGCGGCACCACUCACCGAUGACGCUGAGGGUUUCACUGAGUUUUUUCGUCUGCCCGUCUCGUUGGACGCCGGUGUGGCGGAAAGUGUGCGGCAACACUACAAGCGGGUCGUGAAGGGCAUGGAGACCCAGCAAGAUAGCCACGCCGUGCGGGUUCAAGAGGAGGAGCAGCGUCGUUGCGAGGACCUUCCGGUGUUUCUGGUGUCGUACGACCUGCGGUCUCGAUGCUUUCACUUUUUUUCCAUUGAACGGGACCGUGUAGUUGUUGUGGGCUCGCCGCUUCCCGACAGCGCGGAGACGAGUCACAACGGUGGUGGGGAUAAUCAUGGUGAUGGCGGGGGCAUCGACCUGUCCACGGUGGCGGAUGAGCUCAUGCAGCACACUCAUGGUUUGACGCAGGUGAUUCUUCUCCCGCUCGUGGAGCACAAAAAGGAGCGAGACGUACUUGCGCCCUAUUUCAAGAGACUUCUCGUGACACUGCGGCAAAGUGGCAUCAUUCCUGUUCUGCAUGUGGACAACCUGGAGAUGGCGGAGGCGUUGGACCCGAAUCCACCGCCCUUGCGUGAGUUGGUGACGAAUUAUGCCGUGAUCACCCCAAAGCCACUCAGUGAACCAUGGUUUCGUGCCCACUGGGUGUACCUGCGCACGUUGGCGUGCCGUAUGAAUGAAGAGGACCCAAUCCGCACAAUUAAUUUUCUUAUCGUGCCUCGCUUUGACGUUUUUGUUAUUCACUUGGUGCGGUCUGGUUCACGUGGCCUUAACGUCGUGCUGUGGGAUCCACUACACAGGAGACGGUAUGCGGCCAGGGGCAUGCUUUCCGAUAUUCUGGCAUGUAUGCUGGAGCGGCACCAAAAGCGUAUCAUUCUUCUUCCAACAAAUCGAACCGAUCGUCCAACACUGCUUCGAUGUCGUGUUGCCAUGACAAAGGCCGGCCGUCAGUGCCAUUUGGUGUUCGCCUCCGAGCUCGGUGAGAAGUACCGCGGUGUUUACCAGUCAGAGCCGUCCCGUUUCUGGACUUUACUCCGUGAAGUGUCGGGGGGUCUCGAUAUGGACCUCCUCUUUGAGAUUUACAUCACAGCCGGGAACAAUUUCCGCAGAUACCACAGCAAACGACUGCGAGAGGGCGGUGUAGAAGCAAGGAUACCGCACCGUACCGCGGAGGCAGCGGUCUCUUUGACGAACGCGGAGGUGGAAAAGUGGCUGGGCGUCUUAUCUUUGAGUCGUCGUGUAGCGAGGGAGAAGGCGGAGAUGCGGAAGUACAAGAAACAUCUUUUUAUCGCAUACGUGACGACAGAAUUUGCCGCAUACACGCGUCCGGCGAAUCCGCAUGCCUCAGUGAACUUUGUGGUGGCCGCAUCCCUGAUGGACGCACAGCACCGCGUGGUGGAGCCAUGGACGAAGUAUGCGGCCCGGGGGGACUUUAAACUUCCCUCUUUAAACGAGUUUGACGUAAUUGUGUGUCAUGAUGCCAAGCAACUACUUUUGUUUCUGUGGGAUGACCCGGAAUUGCAUCGAUUUUUUAAGCGUGGAGGGAGGGUGUGGUGCACAAUGCUGGCGGAGUACAUUUUGGAGGCCCAGCGAUGCCAGACGGGAAGCAAUAACUUUCGUGAUGUUGCAUUGAAGUACGGCGUCAUGACACCGCCCUCUUCUGUUCUUGGGGUCGCCACGGUGGAUCUGCCACUUACGUUUCUUCGCCAUUACCUGAUCGCUGCUGUGGAUGCACUUUCCACCGUGUUCCGGGAGCAGCUUUUAAAGUCGUGCGAACGGAGCCAAGUUAUAUGCAUCGCCCAUCGCAUGGACUCUCUUCUCUCCAUGGCGGCCAUUGAGAAUGCGGGUAUUCAAAUUGACGUGGAGGAGGCCGCUCGUCAAGCGCAGGCAGUUCGAAAUCGGCUUUUGGCCACUGACAAGGCUCUUAGUUUGUACGUCCCCAAUGAAGUGCCUGUCGAUUUACAGAAACUUUUUGAUUGGAAUUCCCUGCAGCAUUUGGGUGCGCUUUUUUUUGGCGGAAGUAUCACACUGGGGUACACGGAUUCUUCGCUGGAAUCCUCCACGUGGACGUCGCACCUCAUUCACUUCUGCCACCGGUAUGGCAACCUCUCUUUGCUGUCAGCGGAUGUUCACCUGCAGCGGUUUGCAAGUGAGAAGGGACUGCGAACGGCAGGACGUCUUUCACAGCGCGUAAGCCAAUAUCUGUCGAAGGAUGAGAGCGCUGGGAUGCGGACGUAUAGACUUGUUGUGUUUGACAUUGAGUCCACUGGCUUAAACACCGCGACGGAUGCCAUCAUUGAAAUUGCCGCGUGGGAUCCCGUUGAGGCAACGUCCUUCAGUUCGCUCGUAGAUCCGGAGCGAGCCAUACCGCAGGAGACGAUGGCGAUUCACCACAUCACAGACGGCAUGGUGCGUGGGGCGCCGCGACUACCAGAGGUGACACGAGCCUUGGCGCGGUAUUUACGCCUUGAUGAGGCUCAAAUAGAUCCCAACGAGGUCGUUGUUCUCAUUGGACACAACGUGUUUGCACUAGACGAACCGCUGCUUCGCCGCGCGUUUGAGCGUGAAGGUGUGUGCAUGGACAACAUUCUUUUCUGUGAUUCACUUGUCCUGCUAAAGGCUCUUAAGCGUGAGCUGCAGGGCUCCACGGAGAACCCCCGGGUUGACCGAGGUGUUCUUGAGACGUUGACAACUUCCCUUCGAUUAUCCUCCUUGGUGGAGGGACUUCAUGUAGAGGCGGAUGGCCUUCUCCAUCGUGCGGACACGGAUGCAAAGACACUGUGGUUUGUUCUUGUAAAUGCGUUGGGUCUGGCGGGGCGAGAUUCUGUGAAGCAACGGGAUGCCGUUUUCAGCCAUGCCGCACGCACGUUGGUUGUUUACCCCGGCGUCGGCUGUUUUCUCCCGCCGGAGCGUCGACGGGACCGAGUCGUGGUGCGCCUGCCCGGUGUGGCGUCUCAGUUCAUCGAUAACCCGCGGCUCUUGGCGUCCCUGCGGAGCAAGCCCAUAAACGAGAACACUUUACAGGUGCUGCACCGAAAUCAGGUGACUGUGGCGGGACUGCUGCUUCAGAAGCAACAGUUGGAACGGAAUGCGGCGCGGUUUCUUCACUCCGACCCCAGUGGGCGAUUGUCUGUUCUGCACAGUGACGGCAAGGUGAGGCAGCUUAUUGACCUCACGGCAACAUCAACCUCUCGCACGACAAGCUCAUACCCAAGCUGUCAGAACAUACCGAAGGACGACAAGUCGCCUAUACGGCGUCUUUUCGUAUCCCGUUUUGGUGAGAAAGGGCGCUGCGUAGAGCUGGACUACUCGCAGCUGGAGAUUGUUGUGUUGGCCCUCCUAUGCGGUGAUCCUCGGCUUGUGUCCGAUCUGAAUCGCGGCGUUGACUUCCACAUCAAGCGGGCAUCCUUUUUCAGCGGGCUCCCAUAUGAUGAGAUUUACAAAGGUUACAAGCGUGGCAUCCCGGAGUACGUUCAGCUGCGCCGGACAGCCAAGACUUUUUCGUUUCAGCGUCUCUACGGGGCGGGGGUUCCGCUGCUGCAUAAGACGACCGGUAUUCCCGUGGAGGACCUUGAAGCCUCCAUCCGCAAGGAGGAGGAGGAGUACCCUGGCAUCAUGCAGUUCCACCGACUUGUCCGCACGGUUGCCUUACGGGCAGAGAAUCCCGGCUUGCCAACGCAUUUUGUUGUGGAACUCCCGACUGGGAUUCGCAUGAGUUUUAAGACACGAGAUGUGGUGCUGAACCUGCCGCCGGUGAAGAAUUACCCCAUUCAGGGCUUUGGUGCGGAACUGGCCCAGAUGAUGGUGGGGCGUGUGUUCCGUCAUUUUGUGCGGAGGGACUUUUACGGGCAGAAGGCGUUUAUGGUAAAUUUUGUGCACGACUCGCUGUGGCUGGACUGCCACCUCGACGUACUGGAGGAGUGCAUCCGCGAGACGCGGGAUAUACUCACGGAGGUACACACGUACGUUGCCAAGGCAUUCCCAGGUGUGGAGCUGAAGGUUCCCCUGAAUAUCACAACGCAGUGUGGCGUGGACAUGUGCUCCAUGGAGACCAUCACGGAUGAUUUUAGCUGUGUCGCGUUGCAGGGGAGGAGUGCAGUAGGGGCAGAGGCGGAGGAGCCCCUCCCGAGCCUCGAGGCGGACGCAGCGGACAUCAUAGAGAGCGACAUGUAG